UACAAUAUAUACCUAUACGUAGCACAAUAAUUUUUCUAAACAAACGUGAUGAAGUAACUGAAUACUUCUAUUUAAAAAUAACAUAAUGAUAAUUGUGCCAUUGAAUAAGUUACUUUUUAAUAAUUCACCAUCACUAACUGUAAACAUAUUGAAAUAAGUGGAUGUUUAAGUAAUUCUUUAUACACAUAUCGAAGUAGUUUAUUUUUCGUAUACGAGAAAGCAACAUGUCGGCUAUCCUUUAUAGCGUCCGUACUAAUCUUUUAUUUACUAUUUAUUGCAAUGUAAACGUGAGAUGAUGUGAUUACAUUAACAGUUGUUUUGACAAUGUACUGUGUCGCGAUACAUAUUUUUGGAUUUAUGUGUGAAUAAUGACAGAGCCGGAACUUUGCCGGCUCUGCGCCGAAACCAAAGAAAAUUUUAUUGGAAUUUAUGAUGCGGAAGGACAGAAAUUAGCAAUAGAAGCUAAAAUUGCUAAAUGUUUACAGAUUCAGGUAUUAAUAAGCGAUGCACUGCCACUUACAGUUUGUAUAGAUUGUUGUAUAUUACUAAAUCAAUGUAAUGAGUUCUAUGAGAAAACUAAUCAAGCACAGAUAUCUCUAAGGCAAUUACUGAUAGAUCCCAAAACUGAAUCAAGACCAUUAGAGGCAAAUGUAAAUUAUAUUGAGAAAACAGAAGCAUUUCCAAAAGUAGAAGAAGCUGGAGAAGGAAUCGAUGAAUGUCAUUUACCAAACAACUAUAUUAUUGAAUCUAAUGAAUCACAGAAUUAUUUUAUUGAAGAAAAUAAGAAUAAUAAUUAUCAAAAGUAUGAAACCGAAGAAUCUCAAGAUAUUUCAAAACAAAAGAAAUGUAAAAUUCAACUUAAGAAAACGUCGCUUAAACAAGCUAAAAAAAAAUUGAAGAGAAAAAGUCAAAAUCAAAAAAUGGAAAAUUCUGAUGUGCAUAUUAAUUCUGAUUUGAAGAAAGAAUCUAGCAAUAUGAGCAUAAAGACUAGUAUUAAAAUUCCAGAUAACUAUAUGACAGGUACAGAUUCAGAUUUAGAAAUCAUAGAAGCACAUACAAAAGAAGCAACAAAAUUUGGGUCUAAAAAAGGAAAAAGUUUGGAUAGGUAUCCCUGGCUUUGCACAGACUGCGAUGAUAAAUUACCUAGCUUAGAAAGAUUGGAAGAGCAUCACGAAACUAUUCACAACCAACAAGCAAAAUAUAUGUGUGUACUAUGCUGCAAAAUUUAUGAUAAAUAUUAUGGUUUCCUUACUCACGUUAAACGACAUAAAAACAAGGCAAAAUUCAGUUGUGAAGAUUGUGGAAAAUCAUUUGUACAUAAAAAAGUAUUAGAUUCUCACAAAGCAAUUCAUAGUGAAGAGCGUCCACAUGUAUGUCAAACUUGUGGAAAAGCAUUUAGACAACAAAGUGCUUUGUACAUUCAUAGUAGGUGUCAUUUGCCAGAUACUAUGAAAAAUAGAUUUCCAUGUGACCAAUGUGACAAAAGAUUCUCAACUAAACCAAAUUUAGUCACCCAUAAACGUAUUCAUUCUGGUGUUAGAAAUUUUACCUGUGAUCAAUGUGGUAAAAGUUUUAUUCAGAAAGGAAAUUUAGAAGCUCAUUUCUUAACCCACUCUGCAGAUAAGCCAUAUAGUUGUACACAAUGUUCCAAGGCUUUCAAAACACCACUGCAAUUAAAAAAACAUGAGACAGUUCACACUGGCGCGAAACCACAUCAAUGUGCUGUUUGUGGAAGAACUUUCAGAGAAAAAGGUACAUUAAGAGAACACCAUAGAAUACAUACCGGAGCAAUGCCAUUCACGUGUGAAUUUUGUGGCAAAUGUUUUCGUUUUAAGGGAAUAUUAACUACUCAUAGAAGACAACAUACUGGUGAACGCCCAUACAGUUGCUUAGAAUGUCAGCAUCACUUUACAAAUUGGCCAAAUUAUAAUAAGCAUAUGAAACGCAGACAUGGAAUUAAUACGUCACACACAAAACAUUUAACACAGUCACAACAGUCACAGCAACAAUUGCAACAGCAACAGUCGGAACAAUCACAGAUUAUUCAAUCGAAUGUUUCAGAUUCUUCGCUUUCUAUAUCUCACGCAGAGUCAUCAGCAGUUCAGGUAAUACAAACUGUUUCCCAUGCGUCGACAACUCAACCAAUUGUUGUACAAACUAUUCCAACUAGUACUGUACAAAAUUUUCAACCAGAUGCGUCCAGUACCACCGUACCAGAUACAAUAUUUCGAGAAAGAAAUGCAACAUACUUUAAUACAAUGCCAGCAUCUUUACAAAAUUUUUUACCACCUAAUUUAUCGUAUAAUUUUUAUAAUAUCUCCAAUGUUGCAUAUAGAGAAUGAUUGAAUGCAAGCAUAGGUAAAAUGAAAUUGUUACCUAAAUAUGUAUAAAUAUUAAAUAUAAAAAUAUUCAAAAUAUUCAUAAUUCUAUUAUCAAAAUAGAAAAGUUAGUACAUAACAAAAAUAAAUGUUUAAAUAAUUCACUUUAAAUAAAGUUAAAAAGAUGUUAUAAAAAUAUUGGUGUAAUUAGGAAGGGGCCAAUCGUCCCCCCUCCCCAGCGUGUUCUACUGUUCAACUCCUUUUAAAAUUUUAACAUUGUAAAAUAUCAGGAUUCUAAAAUUCCAGAAUUCCAAACUUUCUAAGAGACUUGGCUCACCUCAAAAAAAGUCCUAGUUAUACACAUGUAUAAAAGUCACAUUGACAUAUUAUAUCAUGGAAAUGAUUUUCUCACAGAUAGAAAUGUAUCUGUAAAUGAUAAAUGUAUCUUCAUAAAGUGCGAAAAAUCAUUUGUUAAUU